AUGCUUUUACAAGGAAUGCGUUUAUCGCAAAGGUUACAUAAGAGACAUCUAUUUGCUUCCAAGAUUUUAACGUGGACUACGAACCCUGCUCAUAUACGCCACCUACAUGAUAUAAGGCCGCCUGCAUCAAACUUCAAUACGCAAGAAUCGGCCCCCAUACCGGAGUCUCCAGCAAACUCACCAACUCGACCACAGAUGGCACCUAAACCCAAUUUGAAAAAAAAAAAUCGUAGUUUAAUGUAUUCUAUUAUUGGGGUUUCCAUAGUAGGUUUAUAUUUUUGGUUUAAAAGUAACUCCAGGAAACAAAAACUACCUCUUUCGGCGCAAAAAGUCUGGAAGGAAGCCAUAUGGCAAGAAAGUGAUAAAAUGGAUUUUAAUUACAAAGAAGCGUUAAGGCGGUAUAUUGAGGCGUUGGAUGAAUGCGAUCGCUCUCAUGUCGAUUUAUUGUCAGAUGAUUAUACCAGAAUAGAGCUGAAAAUUGCUGAAAUGUAUGAAAAGCUCAAUAUGCUUGAAGAAGCCCAAAAUUUGUACCAAGAAUUAUUAAGUCGGUUUUUCGAAGCGCUGAAUGUUCCUGGCAAAGUUGAUGAGAGUGAAAGAGGCGAGGUUUUAAGAAAAGACUUGAGAAUCUUGAUUAAAUCGUUAGAAAUCAAUAAGGACAUAGAAAGUGGCAAGAGAAAAUUGCUACAACAUUUACUUUUAGCUCAAGAGGAAAUUUUAAGCAAAUCGCCAGAGUUGAAGGAAUUUUUUGAAAACAGAAAAAAGAAGCUCUCGAUGGUAAAAGACAUCAAUAGAGACCCUAAUGAUGAUUUUAAAACAUUUGUUAGUGAGGAAAAUAUUAAGUUUGAUGAGCAAGGCUAUAUGAUUUUGGAUCUGGAAAAGAAUAGCAGCGCUUGGGAACCCUUUAAGGAAGAAUUUUUUACUGCGAGAGAUUUAUAUACAGCUUAUUGUCUGUCAUCAAAAGACAUAGCUGCAGCUCUAAGUUGCAAGAUAACUAGUGUGGAAUGGAUGGUUAUGGCAGACAUGCCACCAGGACAGAUAUUGCUAUCACAGGCAAAUUUGGGGUCAUUGUUCUAUCUUCAAGCAGAAAAGCUAGAAGCUGACUUAAAUCAAUUAGAGCAAAAGAAAAGUAAAGAGUCCAACCAAGAGUUAGAUAUGGGAACAUACAUAAAAGCCGUUAGAUUCGUACGCAAAAAUCGUGACUUAUGUCUGGAAAGAGCACAAAAAUGUUACGACAGCGUUAUUGCGUUUGCCAAAAGAAACAGAAAAAUUAGGUUUCAUGUGAAGGAUCAACUGGAUCCUUCAAUUGCACAGUCAAUUGCUCUAUCUACCUAUGGAAUGGGGGUUUUAAGCCUUCAUGAAGGUGUUUUGGCUAAAGCUGAAAAACUAUUCAAAGAUUCGAUCACUAUGGCCAAGGAGACUGAAUUUAAUGAACUCCUUGCAGAAGCUGAAAAGGAACUAGAAAAGACGACAGUCUUGAAAGCGGCCAAAAAAGAGGGUUUAAACUAA